GGUUUGAGUGGAUAUGACAACAGUAUCAUUUGAAUUUUAUUUAUCCAAAUAAUAACAUUAAACAAAAUGGUUUCAUUCGAAGAAGCUUGUGAAUUGGCUAAGAACUUCAGCAAGAAGCCUUCUGACUCUGAAUUCUUAGAAUUCUACGGUCUUUUCAAGCAAGCCACCGUUGGUGAUUGCAACAUUGAAAAACCCGGUGCUUUGGAUUUGAAAAAGAAGGCCAUGUGGGAAGCCUGGAACAAACACCAAGGUUUGUCUCAAGAUGCUGCCAAGGCUGCCUACGUACAAGUCUAUGAGAAAUAUGCUCCCAAAUAUGCUUAAAUUUAAUUUUUAAAAAAAUGUAGUAGGGGAAUAUUAAUAUAACUAUUUAUGUUUAAUACUUAAGAGAUUUUACUAAAAUAAAUUGGAAGGAAUUGAAAGGUACUCUAAAA